AUGAGUGAAGAAAAAUUACAAUUUAUAUAUGUUACUGGUGAAUUGACAUUAUCCAUAGUCAUAUCGGUAUCAAAUUUACUAGUAUUAUGGGUUUUUAUGAGAAAUAAAUUUAUUAGAACUGCAACAAAUACAUAUAUAUUUUCACUAGCACUUACCGACUUUUUAGCCGGUUCUAUUGGAAUUCCUUUUACAGUUUAUUCUGUAAUUACAAAAGAACCAAAUAGUUUUACACCUUGUUUAGCAGUUCAUUUAAUAUUAUGUAUACUUUGUACAAUAUCAACAUUUCAUUUAUUAGCUAUGGCAAUUGAUAAAUAUAUAACAAUAUGUUCUCCUUUAAAUGCAUAUACACGAUUUGGUAAAUCAUCAAGAAAAUUAAGAACAUUUAUAUUAAUAGCAUUAGCAUGGAUUGUUGGAUUUUUAAUUGGAGUUUUACCAUUAUUUGAAAUAUUUGGUUUUUCAUCUAAUCUUAAAAAAAAUUUUAAUAAAAGAAAUGAAUGUAGUUUUUUGUAUGUUGUUGAUGAAAAAUAUUUAGUUUAUGUAAUAUUUUUUGCUACAAUUAUAUUUCCUUCAACUAUAAUAUGCUAUUGUUAUGCAGCAAUUUAUAGUAGAAUACGAUUUGAUGAAGCUCAAGUAUCUUGUUUAUUAAGAGCAUCAGAUAGACAAAAAAGAAUCAGAAACCGUAAAAAAAUUAUAAGAACUUUGUUGAUUCUUGUUGCAACAUAUGCUAUAUGUUGGUAUCCACUUUAUUUAAUUAAUACUGCAGAUCAUUUUUUAACAUUUUAUCGACCAUCAUUAGGUGCAACAUAUUUUACUGUUUGGUUAUCUCAUGUUUGUUGUGCCAUAAAUCCACUCAUUUAUGCUUAUGGUAUGCCCGGUUUUAAACAAUGUUUAAGAUGUUUUGUAAAAAAUGCUUCACAAAAAAGGAGAACUAGAUUAAAUACAAGUAUUUAUCAAAACGAAGGACAAUUUAGUAAAGUAGCAUUUGAUGUAUUGGCAAAUAGAGAAGAAAGUUUACAUAAAAAAAAAUCACCUAUAUUGAUAGAUAGUUUGAAUGGAGUUCGCAAGUAUUCGAUUCGAAUUUAA